AUCUCUUAUUGUCUCCCUCUUCCACAAACCUCGUAAUUCUCAGGACUCAGGUUUUUACUUACAUUUCACGACGAACAGACUCAAAUCCGGAAUUCAGAAAUGGAUCAGUCAGCUCCUACUCCAAAGCCUUCUCUCCCGAUCACAAUCGAAAGCUCCAGAGAUUUGCAAUGCGUCGGAACUAUGGAGAUCGCCGCCCCCAAACCGAUCGGUUUUCUCUGUGGCUCGCUUCCUGUUCUCGCCGAUAACUCAUUUCCAACUUUCACUUCCGCUCUCUUACCCUCUCACGAAACAGUUAGUGCUCCCAGGUACCAGAGGAUUCCACCAGAGACAGAUCUUAAUCGGCCUCCUCUCCUAACUGAUUUUCCUGAGAAAAUGUUACCCUUGGCCGCAGUCAAGUCUAGAAUCACCGGAGAUAUAUCUAAGGAGGCUAAUGUUAUUAGCAAGAAAUGUGAAGCACUUGCUGUCUCGGGUUUAGCAGAGUACGGAGAUGAGAUAGACGUCAUUGCGCCUGUUGACAUUCUUAAGCAAAUCUUUAAGAUACCUUACUCCAAGGCUCGAGUCUCCAUAGCUGUUCAACGUGUUGGAGAGACUCUCGUCUUGAACCCUGGACCUGAUGUUGAAGAAGGAGAGAAACUGAUUAGGAGGCACAAGAAUCAACCCAAAUGUACAAAAAACGUGGAUGAGUCUUUGUUUUUGAACUUUGCUAUGCAUUCAGUGAGGAUGGAGGCAUGUGAUUGCCCUCCAACACAUUCGCCGCAUACCGAGGGACAGUCAAGUCCUUCUGCUCUCCCCGCGGAAGAGAACUCACGUAGUGCUCCUGACGACAGACUUGACAAAGCUGCAGGGAGUGGUAAACAAGUGAAACAUGAUGGUCUUAUUUGUAAGAAUGAGAAGAGCAAAAAGAACAAGGAAGUAAGAAAAAAUACUCUGAUCAGCGAAAAGAAUCGAAAGAUCAAGCCGUCAGGAGACUCUGAGAAACACAAAAGAUGUGGGAGCAAUGAGUUUUUAAGAGUUCUGUUUUGGCAAUUCCAUAACUUCCGCAUGCUUCUGGGAAGUGAUCUGCUUCUCUUUAGCAACGAAAAAUAUUUGGCUGUAAGCUUGCAUUUGUGGGAUGUUAGCGAAAAGGUUACACCGUUAACAUGGCUUGAAGCUUGGCUUGAUAAUGUAAUGGCAAGUGUGCCCGAGCUAGCAAUUUGCUACCAUGAGAAGGGUGUUGUCCAAGGGUAUGAGCUCUUAAAAACAGAGGAUAUAUUUCUACUAAAAGGAAUCUCUGAGGAUGGUACACCUGCCUUUCAUCCUCAUUUUGUUCAGAAGAAUGGUCAUGCUGUUCUAAGGUUUCUUCAAUCAAAUUGCAAAGAGGAUCCUGGAGUUUAUUGGCUCUACAAAAGUGCGGGUGAAGAUGUGAUUCAGCUUUUUGAUCUCUCCAUUAUUUCAAAGAGCCAUUCUUCAGGAGAUGAAAACGACAACGCAGGCACAUUACCGUCUAUGAUUUACAGUGGGAGAAGUGACUCACUGUUUUCUUUAGGAAAUCUUCUAUAUCGUGUUGGUCAUAGACUUUCUUUGUCUGUGGUGCCGAAUGAUCUGACCAAAUGUGCAAGUUUCCUCAGAAAAUGUUUGAAUUUUUUGGACGAGCCUGAUCAUAUGGUUGUUCGAGCAUAUGCACACGAGCAGUUUGCAAGGCUCAUUCUGAAUAAUGACGAGGAAGUUGAUUUGACUUUCGAGUCUAAUAAUGUGCAACGUGAAGUCAAAAUAACAGACCUAGAAGAAGAAUCACUUGAUACUGUUACUGUUGACCAUGAAAGUGAGGAGGUGGUUUUCUCAGAGGACAAGUUCACUGAAGAUUAUUCGGGUUCUUACAAAAAGCUUGAGGCAGACGUGCCACCUUGCAAGAAACUAUUGAGUUCAGACAGUCCAGACAGUCCGGAUUCACAUAAUGCAGAAACCUGUGUUAGUUCAGAUGCUAAUCUCGUUCUUGGUCCUGUAUGCCAAGCUCCUGCACCUCUGCUUGAGACUACAACCUAUCUGAUUUCAUCGAAGCUAGCAGCAGUUCACCAUGUUUCUCAAGCUAUAAAGUCUCUCAGGUGGACACGGCAAUUACAGUCUUCAGAACAGGACGGUUCGUUUGAUGAGACAUUACCAUCUCCUGAUUUUUCGAAAUGCUCAUGUGGUGAUCCUGAUUGUAUUGAAGUCUGUGAUAUCCGUAAGUGGCUUCCAACAUCUAAACUAGAUAGGAAAUUGUGGAACCUUGUUCUGCUACUUGGUGAAUCAUAUCUGUCUCUAGGAGAAGCUUACAAAGAGGAUGGACAGUUGCACCAGUCUUUGAAUACUGUGGAAUUAGCCUGUUCAGUUUAUGGAUCAAUGCCACAGAAGUUUGAGGAGACGCUAUUUGUUUCAUCAAUGAACAAGUCUGUGGUAACAACGCAAGUUGAAGAUUUUGAAGCGGAACUUUCAUCAUCAGCACGCCUCUUCUGGGCUAAAGUGUGGAUGUUGGUUGGUGAUGUAUACGUUCAGUUCCACAUUGUUAAAGGUCAAGAGCUCUCCAAAAGACCAAAAGUGACACCUAACAGUCAAUUAAGAAUGCCGUCAGAAGUAGUAAAAGAAGUAGAGAGGCUCAAGAAGAAGUUAACUGAGUACAGUCAAAACUGUGACUCGUGUUCCUUAGUAAAUUGCAGCUGUAAGAGUGACAGAGCAAGCAGUGGAAGAAGCGCAAGCAGCAGCAGUGGAAGUAGUGUUCGUACUGUGUCUCAUAACAGAAAGCACAAUAGAAAACUGAAGUCCAAGAAUGUCACUAGCGGGCUCUCACGAAAUGUUGAAGAUGAACAUGUUAAUGUCACUUUUGAGAACAAAAGCCAUAAAGAAAUAGAGACGCCAGCAGGAACAAAAGAAGAAGCUGUCCCUUUGGAUCAGAAUGAAUCCAGCAGCUCUAAGGGUGUUAAAAAGGGAGGAAUAUUUAAGUAUCUCAAGGGUUCCAAGUCUGAUGAUGAUGAUGAUGCAGAAAGCAAUCUCUUGGCUGCGUUGAAUUGUUAUGAGGAAACUAGAAGAGCAUUACAGGAGCUUCCAAGUGGCUGUAACGAGUUUCAGUCUCUCAACAGAAAGAAAGGUUGGGUCUGUAAUGAACUUGGUCGGAACCGACUUGAGAGCAAAGAGCUAAACAAAGCUGAAGAUGCUUUUGCUGAUGCUAUUGUGGCAUUCAAGGAAGUUAAUGAUCACACGAAUGUUAUACUAAUCAACUGCAACUUGGGUCAUGGACGACGAGCCCUAGCUGAAGAAAUAGUCGCAAAGAUGGAAGCUCUUAAACUGCAUCCUGCUUUCAAAAAUGCUUACGGACAAGCUUUGGAGACUGCAAAAUUAGAAUACAGCAAGUCACUCAGUUAUUACAUGGCAGCAAAGGCAGAACAUAGUGUUGCCACUGAUUUGGUUCAAGACGAUCUGAAAGUUGAGGUCUACACGCAGCUUGCUCAUACAUAUCUGAGACUUGGAAUGCUUUUAGCAAAGGAAGACACAGCCGUUGCAGCUCGUGGACAGAACAGCAUCUUGAAAACUACUCAUGAAGUAUCAGCUAGUGAUGCUAUAAGAGAGGCAUUGGCUCUAUACGAAUCUCUUGAGGAAAUACGCAAACAGGAAGCUGCCUACUCUUACCUUCAGUUAGCGAGGUAUCACAAAGAUUGUUGCUUAAGGAUUUUGGAGACUGACCUGCAUAAACCUGACACUAAUGUCGUCCAGAGAGCCAAGCAGUACGCUUUGUUGGCAGAUAGAAAUUGGCAGAGAUCAAUGGACUUUUAUGGCCCUGAGAAUCAUCCCUCAAUGUUCUUGACAAUUCUGAUAGAGAGAUCUGCUCUUUCCUUUAGCGUUUCAAACUUUUGGCAAUCAAAAAGUAUGCUUGAGACGGCUUUGUCUUGCCUGCUUGAAGGCCGCCACAUUUCCGAAACACAUGCGGAAUCAUUAAGAACCAAGGACCCGGAGCUUUACUCCAAAUUCUGGGCCCAAUCGCAGAUGGUUCUCAAGAGAAUGCUGACCUUAUCCAUACCGGCGGAAGGAGCAAACAAGUCUCAGAGCUCUGGGAAACUGAGAGAGCUAUAUAAAACAUCACUCAAGUCAAUAAGUCUGAGCGACUUGAAUGCAAUGCAUGCCUUGUGGACUACAAGGGUAAACUAAUGAAGUUGACUACCUUUGUGUUGUGGGUUUUAGUGGAACUUAAAAAUGGUCAAAGCAUGGAGUAAAGUCUCCUUUCUACAUUUGUUACUACAAUCUUGAGAGAAGCAGUGUAGUAAGAGUAAGAGUUGAAGUUCCAGGAUUUGAGCGGCUUUAAAUGUGAUCUGUUAUACACUAUGUAGAGCUUGUGAAGCUGAUGUUAUAAGUGGUUUAUUGGAUUUUUAUGCAGUUUUAGAGGGUUUUAUUUGUUUA